CCGUUUUUAUCAAAAAAAAAUUGUGUGCAAUUUUGCGAUCAGUGAAAAUAAUGAAUAGAAAACGGUAAAGUAUUACGAACAAAUAAUUAAAAAUUAACCUAUUAUUACUUCUCACGCAAAAGAAGAAUAAAAAUCGUAUAAAUGUGUAAUAUUAAUUUAUUACUAAACAUCAAACUUACCGCGAAAGUCUGAUAUUAAAUUUUUAAUAGUGAGUUAUCACGAUUUUGAAUAAUAAUUAUUUACACGUAUGUGACAACAAAGUAGAUAUACUGUCGUUUAGUUCACUUGUAUGACAGUGGCCACAUCAUCUUUAACUUUGUCCUUGAUAAGAAAAAAACAACAUUAUGUUACGGCAAUACAACCUGUGAAGCCGACUUGGAAAAAUGAAAAAAGCACAAAAAAAAGACAUAAAAGGUUAGAAAUAUAUAUUGAUGAAAUAAUUUUACAGAAAAAUCAUCAAAGUUAACCUUAAAAAUUUUUUUUAUCAACAUAAUAAAAUAAUUAAGCAUAAAAUAGUGGAGUAAUAGUUGUAAAUAAUGUUGAAAAAAUCUUGACAAAAGUGUAAUUAAAUAUUUUUAUAAGAAAAUCAGCAAAAAUGGCAGACAAUUUGAUGUUUAAAUUACUAGUAACAAUUAUUGGAACAACGAUAAUAAUAUUAUCAAUCACAAGUGUGAGUCAAUGUUCAUCUGGAGAUGAAUCUUUCGAGUAUAUGAGUAAAACAGAACGAGCUGAAUUGAAAGAAGAAGCAAGAGACAUGUUUUAUCAUGCUUACAACGCUUACAUGGACAAUGCAUAUCCAGCUGAUGAAUUAAUGCCGUUGAGUUGUAAAGGAAGAUAUCGAGGAUCAGAGGCAGACCGUGGAGACAUUGAUUCUGUGCUUGGUAAUUUCUCUCUAACCCUUGUAGACACCUUGGACACACUAGUGGUCCUUGGAGACCUAGGAGAAUUUGAGAAUGCUGUUAAAUUAGUCGUCAGAGAUGUCUCUUUCGACACAGAUGUGAUUGUUAGCCUGUUUGAGACCAACAUCCGUAUGUUGGGUGGACUCCUGAGUGGACAUAUACUCUCAGAAUAUCUUCAGGCACGUGCAGACAUCAUGUCUUGGUACCGUGGAGAACUCCUGACUCUUGCUAAGGAUCUUGGUUUUAGAUUUCUACCAGCUUUCAACACCAGCACUGGCAUCCCUUAUGGCAGGAUUAAUUUAAAGUACGGAAUGAAAGGUGUCCCUCAAGAGAUGUGCAGAGAAACCUGCACCGCUUGUGCUGGAAGUAUGAUAUUGGAGAUGGCUGCAUUGUCUAGGCUAACUGGAGAGAUGAUUUUUGAAGAGAAAGCACAGAAAGCUAUGGAUGCUUUAUGGAAAAUUCGACAUCGGGGAACUGAUCUGAUGGGAUCUGUGCUGAAUGUACACUCUGGAGAUUGGGUGAGAAGAGACUCUGGUGUUGGUGCUGGUAUUGAUUCUUACUAUGAGUAUUGUUUGAAAGCCUACAUUUUAUUAGGCGAUGAAAAAUAUCUAGGAAGAUUCAACAAACAUUACCAAGCGAUAAUGAAGUAUGUGAGUCAAGGUCCAAUGUUGUUAGAUGUUCACAUGCACCGACCAAACACUAAUUCCAAAAAUUUUAUGGAUGCCUUAUUAGCAUUUUGGCCAGGACUUCAAGUACUGAAAGGUGACAUAAAACCAGCAGUAGAAACUCAUGAGAUGUUGUACCAAGUGAUGCAACGCCAUAAUUUCAUACCAGAAGCAUUUACGACUGACUUCCAAGUUCACUGGGGCCAUCAUCCAUUGCGUCCGGAAUUUUUAGAAUCAACGUAUUUCCUAUAUCGAGCUACUGGUGAUCAUUAUUACUUAGGUGUAGGAAAGAAGGUGCUGAAGAGUCUUCAAACGUAUGCUCGAGUGCCUUGUGGUUAUGCAGCUGUAUCUGAUGUGCGGACUAAUAAGCACGAUGAUACCAUGGAUUCAUUUGUAUUAUCAGAAACAUUUAAAUAUUUAUUCUUACUAUUUGCUGAGCCAAAUGAUCUAGUGUUAGAUCUAGAUGAAUUUAUUUUUACAACUGAGGGACACCUGUUGCCUUUAACGUUAGGUGCUAUGAGGAUAAAUGCUUCCUUGGAAGCUGAUUUAGAUGCAAUAGAGGUCGAUGAGUUAGAUCGAACCUGCCCAAAUAGUCUACAUUUAUUCCCAGCGUCUGUUCGUCAGCCUCUUAGGAACAUGGUGGAAGAUGUUUGUCCUAGGAGAUCGUUGAAACGAAGAUUAAGUGCUUCCCAAUUUCAAGCAAAUAAUAUAGAACACAUUAAAUUACUCAGCAACAUGGGAAUUGUAGUUUUAACAAUGGCUGAUGGACGAAUGCAACUUCUUCAUACAUUUUCAAACGCCAAGUCAAUGGAAGAUGCUCAAGAAGGAUUGAUGUUCAUGCAGGACAUGGUGGAAUUAAAUAAAAAACAAUCAUUAGAGUCAGAAAAACGUCGAGUAGCUAUCAAGUUUUCUAAAUCAAAGACUGAGUCUGAUAAAGAAGUCGUUUUGAUCGGUGGUCCAGCUGAAUUUGGAUUACAAUUAAAAGGAUUAUUUAAAGUCAUUGGUAAACCUGUGUUAGCAGAACCCUUGAAGGCUUGUGAUGAGCUCAAGAAUGCACACGAAAUUGAAGGAAAUAUUGCUAUUGUCUGGCGUGGUGAUUGCAUGUUUGUUGAUAAGGCUAGAACAAUACAAAAAGCUGGUGCCAUUGGAGGAAUAGUGAUGGAUUCAGUGAUAGGCUCUAGUAUAAAAACAUCUCCAAUGUUUGGAAUGGCUGGUGAUGGAGUCAGUGUUGAUGAUAUUAAAAUCCCAUUAGUUUUUCUCUUCAAUCUUGAAGCUGGCGAAUUACUCCAAGGAAUGGCGGCGAAAGAUGGUGCAAUUGUUGUCACGAUGGAAGAAUAUGUGAAUGUUGAAACGAAAGCUAAUGAUUCAGAAGACUACUCAUCUGUAUUUGAGAGACUUAAGGAGUCUGUUCAACAAUUUCUUGCACGACCAGCUACUUCAACAGAAUCAAAAAUGGUGAGCCCCGAACCACCGAAAACAGUUCAAAAUGAAGCAGAGCAAGAUACAGUAAUCGAUGUUGGAUAUUUACGUGCUAUUAUUCCAAAACAACAAACCCAAUCUCCGUUGGUAAAAUUAAUAACAAAUCUUCCAAUCAUUCCACCAUAUAAAUUCACUGUAACAUCAGAGCCAGAAAUGAUUGAUACAGGAGGAUUUUCAUUCUGGUGGCAAUCGUACAGAGAAACAUUUAUCACACGAAUUUUAUUUCUAACACAAAGACCACCGAAUGUGAUAAUAUCUCUUGAUAGAAUUAAAAAUAUCCACGAUUGGCUACUGGAUUGGGAUUACAUUGAUAAAGAUAAGCAAUCAAAUAAACAACUGGACAACGUGGAAUUGAUAACGUGGUUUUUAAAUGAAUUAAGAGAUGCUGUACCAGAUGAUAAAUUACCAAAAUUAUAUUACACAAAAGAAGCUAAUUAUAAAUAUUCCCAAACCCUUAGGCAAAAUGGUCAUCGGGGAAUUCUGAUGGCAAUUGACGAUGAAUUCCUACUGGAGGAAAAUCAUUUAAAUCUGCUGAUGGAUUCAAUAAAGAGAGUUAAACAUCGACAAGACGGUGAUGUAAAUAAUGAUAACAAUGAUAGCCGCGAAAAGUCCGAUGUUAAGAAGGAUGAUAAGAAGGGAAAUAAUAGGUAGAAUAAAUCAAUGAAAUAAAAAAGAUUAUGUGGGAAUAAAAAAAUACAAAAAUCUGUUGAACGGAUUUGAAUAUUGAUGAUGAAAUUAAUUAUAAAGAUGAUUAUAAUGAAGUAAAAUGUGAUGUGAAUGAUUAAGAUAAGAAGAAAAGAAGUGAUAAAAACAGUUAAAUAAAUGUACGAGAAUGAAAAAAAAA